AUGCCUGUCCCACGAGAAGAUUUCCUCAGCAACGUCUGGCGCGAGGGCAUCUUCACAAACAAAGUCCUCUUCUGCACCGGCGGAGCAGGCACGAUCUGUUCCAUCCAAGUCCGCGCCUUCGUAGCCCUCGGCGGAAAUGCCUACAUCAUCGGUCGCAACCCCUCGAAGACGGAAAACAUGGCGAAAGACCUCAUGACAGCCCGGCCCGGCUCAAAAGUCAUCGGACAAGGAAACGUAGACGUUCGAAACGCCGUAGCGCUACGGGAAGCAGCGGAUAAAUGCGCAAAAGAGCUAGGUGGGAUAGAUUUUGCGAUAGCAGGCGCAGCAGGGAACUUCCUGGCACCGGUCAGUCAGUUGAGUCCAAAUGCUUUCCGUACGGUGAUUGAGAUCGAUACGCUGGGGUCGUACCAUACCGCCAAGGCAGUUCUGCCAUAUUUGGUAGAAAGUGCUAAGAAGUAUCCGAACUUGAGCAAGCCGAACAAGAACGGGCCUGGAGGGAGAAUCAUCUUCAUUUCGGCAUCGUUCCACUUCAAAGGCUUCCCAUUGCAAGCCCAUGCAAUGGCUGCGAAGGCUGCGGUCGAUCAAAUCUCCAAUAGCCUUGCGAUCGAGUACGGUCCAUAUGGAAUCACGAGUAAUGUGAUAACUCCCGGCCCUAUCGCUGGCACUGAAGGCAUGGAGCGACUUUCCUCCAAAGACGUACAACUGGGACGUUUCGUACCAGUUGGAAGAUUGGGCGAAGUGAGGGAGAUUGCAGAUGCAACGGUGUACUUGUUCUCGGACGCCGGAAACUUUGUCAAUGGCAACAUUCUGGUGGUGGAUGGAGGCCAAUGGAGAAUCUCAGGCGUCGGUGACAGCAAGGACCGGCCUUACCCCGACUAUCUUCUCUCAGGGGCGUCCGUUGAAGGAGUCAAGAGCGGAAGGAGAACAGAGAAGUCGAAACUGUAG